GUUAUUCCUUUGAGUCUCAAUCACACCACAGAUUCAAUGUACUGGUGGCCUGCUACUGAUGGUAUUUAUACUACUAAAUCGGGCUAUUGGCUUGCUAGGAUGGGACAUGUUCGUGGCUGGACUGAUCGCUUUGGGGGAGACAGGGCAGAAACAUGGAAUUCAAUUUGGAAUUUAGAUGGACCUCCAAAGCUUCGUCAAUUUGUGUGGAGGGCUUGCACGGGGUCUCUGGCUACUUUUGGGAGAUUGCAGCAGCGACAUGUGAGGACUGAUGGGAUGUGCAGCUUGUGUAAUGAGCAGCAGGAGAGUAUUGUUCAUGCCAUUUUCUUUUGCUCGAAUGUCAAGCAGGUGUGGGAUUUAUCUCCUUUUGCUGAGCUAAUUUGUAAGGCUCCUUGUGACAGCUUCUUUGAGCUGUAUGAGUGGAUGAAGGGGAAGGUUGGUUCGAGUGAGCUGCUGACUUUUGUUGCGUAUGCCUGGGCUACAUGGUCAUACCGCAACUCCGUGGUUUUUGAGAACCCGUGGCAAUGUAGAGAUGUUGGGGUCCUGGGUUUUCUUCGAUUAGUAAAGGAUUAUAAGUCAUAUGCCACUGCUGUCAAUGUAUGCCCCCCUGCUGCUGUAUCUAGAUCGACUUGGAAAGCACCUUCUGCUGGCCUGAUCAGAGUAAAUUCAGACGCUGCUGUGAUAUCCGAGACUUCUUCGAGUAUUGGUGCGGUCUUAAGGAACGAUCAAGGGGUCAUUGUGCCUGCAAGAGUGAAGCGUUUCAUGGGGAAGCCUCCUGUCAAAGUUCUCGAAGCAAUGGCAGCAAGAAUGGGUGUACAAACAGCUCGUGAGCUUGGGUUUAGCAAGGUGGAGCUAGAAUCGGAUGCUCUCUCGGUGAUCAACCUCAUCAAAUCUCACAAGAUUGGCAAAGCACCUGUGGACCUAGUUGUGGAUGACAUUCGUUCCAUGAGUAUGGAUUUUGAGAGCUUUUUCUUGUUUUCAUAUUAGGAGAGUGGGAAAUUGUGUUGCUCACCUUAUGGCGAGGCAACUCCCCCCUGAUGGUUUUGAGCUUUUGUUUGUUGAUAGCUUCCCGCAAGGAGUGUUAUCCCUUGCAGAACUUGAUGUUGGCUAAUUUAUUUAUCUAAUCUUAGCUCUUGGAGCUUUUCAAAAAAAAAAAAAAAAAAAAAAA